AUGACUAGCCACGGGAGUUUCAUGGCUUUGCUCAGACUUAUCAUCACCGUUAGUAAUAGAGGCGGGUUUAAAGCCGUUUCUGAGAAUGCUGCAUGGGAUAAAGUUGGUCAGGAGUCUGGAUUAGGGCUUGGUGCGAAAUUGAUCUAUGUCAAGUAUCUUGCCGCACUUGCUCGAUGGUUGAACAGUGAUUCUAGCCCGGGGUUGCCUGGAACCUCGAAGGAUCUGAUUGCUAGGCUUAGAGACUUUGUAUCUCAAGCCAAGAGCAAGUAUGAGUUGAGGAAAGUAGGAGGAGAGUUCAAAUGGUUGCUUGUGAAAGUUGACAAGGAUCGCUCUUCGCCUGGGAAGAGGAAACGGGAAUGUUCUGUAGAGACUUUGAAAUGGUUAAGCGAGGCUGCUAAGGAUCCAUGUGACACAUCUAAUGCUUCUUUGCCGGAUAGAUCAAAGUGGGAUUCUUAUGGAAGUGAAGAGCCAUGGAAACAGCUUCUUCUGUUUAGGGCCUCAAGAACAAACACUACUGAUUCGGCUUGUGAAAAGACUUGGCAGAAAAUCCAGAAGAUGCAUCUAUCUUUGUAUCGGGAUAGUGCUGGGCCUAGUUACAAUCUAAGAGAGAGACUCAGUAGUCAGUUUAACGAGAGGAAAGCUGGGAAGGAUGAAUCAUGUGGUCUACUUUGUUCAGAGUUUCAAGCUCAAGUACAUGACUGGUCUCUCAUCGCCUCUGAAAGCGAUUCAAAGUGGUUUGACACUCUGAUGCCGCCACUUAACAAAGAACAAAACAAUAAUAAUCGUCUUACUGAAAGAGACCCUAUUGGAAAUGCUGACAGCAAUAAAAUGCUCACAAUGCUCGUCUCAGCUAUGGGAGAGUGUGCACUCUCGAUCCUUAGAGAACCAGCAGAGCCACAGCUUUUUCUCGAUGAGGAUUCACUGCUUGACUUCUGCAUCUCAACACUGAAGAUCACUUCCUGCCUAGUUGAGGAUGUAAUUGCUAGUCCGUGGAUUUCACUUCCAGAGCUCACACAUCAAUGUGCUUCAUUUCCUGAAACUGGUGACAAUAUAAAGCAUUCUAAAAAGGUUUCCAUGGCGUUCAAAUUAUGUAUCAGAACCGUGUGGAAUUGUGUUAGACUCAUCUGUCUGAAAUUUGUAAAUGUUGAGUCUAACUCAUCUGAGGAUUUUGUGUCCGAAAAAGCAGUUGCUGAUUUUGUGAGCGAGGCAUGUCGCAAAUCUGCAUACUAUCUGGAUGUUCUCGAGCAACAUGGAGAACUAGAAAUUGAGGAGCUUGUUUUGUUUAUUCUAGAAAAUUGGUCUGAAGCUAAAAAACUCACCACAAGUUUACCAGACCUUACACCAAUAAUACAACAGUGGGUUAAGAUACAACACAAGCGUCAUAAGAGUUCUGAUAUGGCUGACUCAUGUACACUCUUUCACUCCUUGCUGUCAUCUUCUCAGAAGAUUUCGAAAAUAGUGACUGGAAAUAUCUUGGAGCAGGAAAGCAUAUUUAAUGAGAGCCAUGAGACUUGUUUCCAACUAAUUAUUAUAUAUUUCUUAAGAGCCUUAUACUUCCAAGAAACUGAACCAGAGUCCAAGCAAAUUUUCGAAGACAUUAACAAAUCUUUGAAUCUAUGGGUAUGGAUUCAGUCUAGUGAGACUAUUCCCCUGGAAAACGUGAUUCCUCUACUGUUCAAUGUAAUUGAUUUGGUUUCAAUAAAGGGUUGGAUAGAGCUCCAUCAACGCAUAUACGACUUGAUGUUUAGAAUCUUCAAAGGGAGAAAUGUCAGAUUGAAGGAUGCUUUGGCAAUGUUGUGGGAUUGUAGACGGCUAAGUCAUGCGUUAUGUCCUUCUCCAAUAGAUGAUGCUGUCAUCACGGGAUUAUCAUGCUACUUUGAUGAAAUAUCAGAGUCAACAUAUUUCUGGAAAAGUUGCUUGCAGUUUUCAAAAGCAAAAUCAAUUGGGUUCGAGCUGAGCAUACAUGAAUCAGACAUCACAAUAGAUGAGAUUAAACGCACAGCUUCCAAACUAGACACAACUUCCAAACCAGUCUCAAGUGAUCCCUUUACCUGUUUCUCGUCUUUUGUUGCUGCAUCUCUAUAUUAUGAUCUCUGUGAAAGAGAAUUGUCAUGUGGUAAUUUAUACGAGGCUCUCUCUUAUGCUAAGGAAGCACACAGGAUUCGAAAUUUUCUUCUACAAAAAUGGUUUAGAUAUGGAGGGGAAAGUACAAAGACAGUAGAAAUAAUGACUUUCGUCUUUAAGAAGUUUGAAGUUUCAAGUCUUAGAGAUACCGAUUCAUGGCCAUGUGGAACUUUUCUCUGGGAUAUUACCCGCUGCUACUUAAGCCCUUGGAUUUUGCUCCAAUGUUGUUUGGAAAGUGUUCUUCAGCUUGGUGGUAUUUAUGAGCUUAUGGGGGAAAGAGAUAGGGCUGGAACCUUGCUAUCUUGGGGAAAAACCGUUUCAUCUAUUCAGAGCCUACAACCUUUUGUCCUUGCAUUUUCUCUUGCUUUGGGGAAUCUCUACAAUAAAAUGCAGUGUUGGGAUCUAGCAGAAAAGGAGCUCCAGAAUGCGAAAAAGCUGCUAACAGAUAGUCAAAGAGAUUUUCCUUGCCGGAACUGCAAGCUGAUGUUAGAGGUUACGUUGGAUAAGCAAUUUGGAGACUUGUCUCAAAGACAAUCUGAGAGUCUGUAUAGUGCAGCCUUUCAAAAAAUAUGCUGCCCAGCUUGGAAAGGAUGCAUUAAUCAAACAGCCGAGGUAGAGAAACCAAGAGACUCGAAAAUGAGGCGUGGAGGAGGUGCUCUAAUUGUGCAUGCUUGCGAGAUGAAGGAGCAGCCUAUUAUAAGGUUGACUCGCUCAAUGAGUCGAUCACUUGAAGAACGACCUCAAAACUUUCCUGCUAAGAAGUGUAGAUUCAUUGAUGAAUCUGAUAUCUGUGAUGCAAAGGGGUUGAUGCGGGACACUAAAAACAGAAUCUGCGUUUGCAUCAAUAGAAUAAGCCAGCAGCACCUCUCUAACGAAGUUACAAGAUCUGGAUUGCCAAAUGACUUUAUAAGUUUGAAAUGGCAAUUUUACCAAAGGAGGCUUGCGUGCACGGUUCUUGUCAGCCUUGGAAAAUGUUUGGCUAAAUCUGGAAAGGUUCAUCAAGCACAUGGGGCAAUUUUGCAUAGCAUCGCUGCUUUGUAUAACAGUACCGUAUCCAUCCUCAGCUCACCUUCUUCUCGCAGUCCAUUGCUGGAUUUUAUUGGGAAGGAAAUCAAAGGAGAUGUAUUUGGUCUUGAUGGUGCAAGAAUAUUAUACAACUUGUGCAAGUUGAGUCUUCAAACUUACCACUCCAGGUCUGUUUUAUGUGAUUUAUCACAUAUUCCAUAUCAGACGCUGGUUUCAUUGUUAACUUUGGCAUUUGUACUUAGCAGAGAGGAUCCGAUACUCUGUCGAAAGAUUUCAAGGUUGCUUGCUGUGUUAUACUUGGUCUCUUCUAUAGGGUCUGAGUUCUCACUCCCCUGUGACGGAGAGCUUUCUUUAAGUCAUUGGGUUACAUAUUAUCAUCAAGCCUCUCUUGGUGCUAAUAUCAACUACCACUUCUUGUCAAAAUUUAUCAAAUCAGGACGCAACUCAAAUAAAGAGGCUUCUGAAGAAUUCGACUUUCUCAGGUCUUAA